UGCCAGGGCCCUCCACGGGGAGAGCUCGAAUUCCUGUGGUGCUGGCAGGAUGUGCACACAUCUGCAUGCACACACGCAUCUGUGCACACACAUGCAAAUGCAUACACACGGCUGUGUGCGCAGCUGCUUGCACACACAUGGAUGCGUGCCCAUGGGAACACCUGCACUGCUGCCAUGCCCAUAUCCACAUCCCCACUGCCCCAGGAGCCUGGGGAGCCCUGGCACAGCCCGGGCACAUCCAGGGAUGGUGCAGGGGGAGAAGCAGAGGGCAGGGGCAGUGCUUGAAGCCCGGGAGCCCCAGCUGGGAGCUCAUAAGAGGCCCGAUGGGCACCGUGCAGUGGAGUUGAGCGAGGGCUCCUCUCCAAACUCAUGGGAAUCGCCCACAGCCUGCGAGCUGCCGACAUCCCCUCUCGCCCACCAGUGUUCCUGUCCCAGCCCCGGGGCAGGCGGGCUGCGGGGAACGCUGGCUGCAGCCGUCAUCGGAGCCGCAGGAAGCCAGCCUUACUGCAUGUGCAGCCCAGAGCCUGCGUAACUCCACCUCGAGUGCUCGUCCUCACACACAGGGAGCAGCCAGCACCGAGAUCAUGGGAGGGACGUCGCAGCACGGCCCCGAGGACUGCCGCUUUCUGGAUGCAGAAGCAUCCAAGACCCGAAAGAAGACCCGCACCAGGUACAAGGUCUGCGGGCUGCUCUUCAGCGUGCUGCUCAUUGCUGUCAUCCUCGUACUCUUUGGUGUCAAACACCUGUGGAACCCAGCAUCCAGACAAGUCUAUGACAUGGAGCACACCUUCUUCAGCCACGGCGAGAAGAAGAAAAUUGUGAUGGAGAUCGACCCGCUGACCAGGACGGAGACCUUCAGGAGUGGGAAUGGCAGUGAGGAGAUCCUGGAGAUCCACGACUUCAAGAACGGAAUAACUGGCAUCUUCUUUGUGGGACUUCAAAAGUGCUUCAUCAAAACUCAGACCAAAGUCAUACCUGAGACUACGGAGGCCAAGAUCCCUGAGCUGGAGGGUGAAGAAAUCACCACCACCUACUUUGAGCAGUCCAUGGUCUGGGUGCCUGGUGAAAAACCCAUUCAGAACAAGGAGUUCCUGAAGAGCUCCAAAAUUUUUAACAUUUGUAGAAAUGUGACCAUCUACUGGAUCCACCCAACGCCAAUGGCAGCUCCAGAGCUGGCUGGCCUGGCAAGAACAGAAGAAGAUACCGGGCUGUUCACGGAUGACCAGAACUGGCUGGAUGGGGGCAAUGAGCGUGGGAUGGAGGCUGCCCUACCAGGACCCAAGCGCCGGACACGGCAGCUGACAGAAGAGGACCUGCCUGUCAACGACUACACAGAAAACGGGCUGGAGUUCCACCCGCUGUGGGAUGAGCGGGGCUACUGCUGUGCACAGUGCCGCCGCGCCAACCGCUACUGCCGGCGGGUCUGCGAGCCGCUGCUGGGCUACUACCCCUACCCGUACUGCUACCAGGGCGGCAGGGUGAUCUGCCGUAUCAUCAUGCCCUGCAACUGGUGGAUCGCACGCAUGCUGGGCCGUGUGUAAGCCCUGUGCACACCCACUGAGCCCCCAGGUAGAGCCCUGCAGGCCGUGGGACCCCCAAACAGGCUGCAGACUCCGAGCGUGGCUCCGAGGGCUGGGCCAGGCUGGCGUC